AUGGCUUCCGAAGAUGAAGACGACUACAUGAAUAUGGUCAUUGAGGAGCCCACCCAAAAAGAAACAUUCUCACAAAGGAAGCUCCGCGAACAACGAGAGGCCGAAGCCCGAGGCCGAGUCCCGUCCAAAGCCGAACGCGCUGCACAAGAAGCCGCCCGCCGAGAUGCAGCCUUGGCCACUAGUACCCUCAACCCGACCAACAAGGGAUUCCAAAUGAUGGCAAAGCUCGGUUUCAAACCGGGCGGGGUUCUAGGAAAACGUCCGACCGGUGACUCCGACACCGCCGACCCAGCGCGCGCUGAGCCGCUAAAUGUAAUUAUAAAAGAAAACCGCGGGGGAAUCGGGCUGGACUCGGAGAAGAAGCGCAAGAUUCGCGAGGAAGCCGAGGAAGCCGCGAAGAAAAUUAAACAUGAGGAGGGUGAUUAUCGGGACCGUGUUCGUGAGGAGCGAGAGUUGAAACGCACUGAAGCCCAGGUGCGGGCUGCGCAAAAAGUUGCGGAGAGGCUGGAUGCGGGGGCGGAGGAUGAGACAUCGACUGAGCCUAAGAAUGAAGGGGGUACGGAACCAUGCGCCGACGAUAAGGAAAAGCAUGAUCCGCUAGACCCUAAUCAACCGCCUGCAGCUUCUAGAAAGAAGAAGCCUGUCAGGCUUACAUCGCAACUCAACGUUCUUUAUCGCGGACUUGUCCGUGAGCGUGAGAAGAGAGAUAGUGACCGCCUGGCACGCCAUGCUCUCCAAUCCUCACUCCCCUCAUCCUUCUUCCCGAAAGCCCGGCUACCUGGAUACGACGAUCCGACCAUGGAUCGAGACGACAAGAAGGCCCUCGGCGACGAAGUGGACCAGAAUACCUCCGCACUGGAAAUCGAGCUUGAAGAAGAGGAUGAGGAGCUCGACGCGUUUAAUGCGUUGGAGCCGGCUCAACGGCUACACAAGCUCGUUCUCUACUUACGCGAAAAGCAUCGAUAUUGUUUCUGGUGCAAGUUUGCCUAUGAAACGGAUGAGCUUGAAGGGUGUCCUGGGCUCACCGAGGAGGAUCAUGACUGA